CGUUGAAAUAUAGUAUUAUUUGUUUAGAUGGUAAUGAAAAACAUUAUUUUAAAAGUAAUAAGAAAAACUUAAAGAGCUAUUUUAUUAGCCAAUCAAAUCUACACAAAUAAGAUAUCGAUAUUACCCAGCAUUACCUAGGCUGUUAUUAUUUUAACUAAUAUUAUUUUACAAGUCUAUCUUUCAGUUUGAACUUGAUUAUCUACGUUUCAUUCAUAUAUGCGUAUAUUAGAAAUUCUUAAUUAGGUGGAAAUGUCACUAUGUUUGCGGUAGGAAACUAAGCUGUACAGCAUUUAUGUCAAUUUGAUAAGUGACUGGGGUUAACCCGAGAUAUCAACCAGUUUCCAUCUCAAUGUGGUGAACGGAUCAGCUGCAAUACUGUAGUAUUUCAACCUGACCGUGCGAACUGAGAUACUUUUGCGAACGUCAUUGUCAAGAGCAACAAACAAAGGCCUGCCAAUAUAAUUAUCAAAGUUCUCUCGCUCUUUCUUGAACCGAUUGGGGUCUGUGAUUCAGAGUCGGGCUCUCGGGGCGAUGACGAUGGGAUGAGAUGACCAUAUCAAUAUCAGUGCUCUGGAGGGUCUAUAAAGCGAUCUCUCAGUCAUUCAGCCAAUGUUCGUGCGUUAGGUUCACUUUAUUGUGGGGAUCGGGGUACUUUGGGUCUCCCAUCGAGUUCUUCGCAAUACCACCAGUGGCUUAGUCCAGAAAUUAAAAUAAAUAAAUAGAAUUAUAUAAACGAAAAACCAAUACUCGAGCACCACCUAUAUGUAUACCCGCCUGCUGACCGUGUAUUUGUAUAUCUGUGGAAUUCCCAGUGCAUUCCGGUUUUACGAAUCCAACCAACCAACAACAACAGUGUCUGUAUAAACGUCGCUUUGUCAUUCUGAAAUACCGACAUCGAAAAACCCCAAAAUACAUCAAUAAAGAGUAAAAAACCUCUCAAUAAUUGAUGCACACCCACAUGCUUACACAAAAGUGUGAUUCAAUUCGUGUGCACAAUCUAUAAUAACAAAAUAAUAAAGCCUUUGCUCUCAAAAGUCUGAUAACCGAGGCUCAAACGAACUCUUCUCUCCAGCCACAAAAUGCUCAAAAUACCAGAUCGCCUGAUGGUUUGGAUCCCUUUGCUUUUGGGGACCACCUUCCUGUGCUCGGCGCAGUCUCAAAAUGGCCAAACUCCUCCUCAGCUCUCCGUGGGAAAUCCGCUGACCGCCUUCACAACUCCCGAGGCUUUUCAGAAGGGAGUCAGCCAUAUACAGGCAAUGCGGAGCAACUUUGACAAAGAUGACCUGAUCAGCAUCUCGCAAGGAGUCCAGGACUUUGCCCUCGAUCUCCUGCAGCGCAUAUCCAUCGAAGUGAAUAUCAACAGGGACUUCAUGAUAUCGCCCUUCUCCGUGUGGUCACUCCUGGUGGUCCUCUACGAAGGAGCCGAAGGAGAGACCUACAACCAGUUGCGUCAAGUACUACGGAUCAAUGUUGAGGACGAAAAGCUGCGCGGAGCCUACAAGGUGUGGAGCUCCUUCCUCAAUACGACGACUCCCACCAUCGAAGUGGCCACCCUGCAGGCCAUUUACACCGGCAAGGAUUAUCCCAUCAAGAAUAGCUACCGGAAUGCCAUCCAGAACUACAAUGUGCAGCCCGAGGAAGUGGACUUUAAUAGCCUCGAAUCGGUGGUGCAGAUCAACGAGGCCACGAAUCGCACCACCCGAGGUCUCAUUCCAUAUGCCAUUCUGCCUCAGGAUAUAUUUGGAGCCAAGAUGUUCCUGCUCUCCUCGCUCUACUUCAAGGGCCAGUGGAAGUUUCCAUUUAACAAGACUCUGACUAGAGAAGAGCCCUUUUACAGCGAGAGCGGCGAGGUUAUCGGCAAGAUACCCAUGAUGGUGCAGGAAGCGAACUUCGCCUACGUCGCCAACAUAGAGGGUCUGGAUGGCUAUGUCCUGGAGCUUCCCUAUGGAACCCAGAACAGGCUGGCGAUGCUUGUGGUUCUGCCCAAACGCGGAUUCAAGUUAAACGAUGUGGCCAACAAUCUUAAGACCCUGGGAUUGCGACCUAUCCUUCAGCGGCUGGCGGCUUUCAGGAAUAGAGCCUCCGAGGACAACGAAGUUGAGGUCAUGAUGCCCAGGUUCAUGACUACCACAGACUUCACACUCAAGGGAAUCCUUAUAAAGAUGGGCAUUCGGGAUCUAUUCGAUGAGAAGGCCGCUAACCUGGAACGGAUGUCGUCCGGAUUGUUUGCCAAGCUAGUCGUCCACUCAACCAAGAUCAUCGUGGACGAGCAGGGAACCACGACAGCUGCUGUCACGGAGGCUUCGCUGAUCAACAAGGCCACGCCACCCAAGUUCCUGCUGAACAAACCCUUCCAGUACAUGAUCGUCGAGAAGGAAACCGGUCUGUUGCUCUUCGCCGGCCAAGUUCGGAACCCCAAGGCGGCUUAGAGAUCUGAGCCUGACUUUAUUCGCAUACCACAAUAAAUACCUUACUUUAAGCCAAA